GUGGGGACAGAGCGGCGCAGCACACGAUCCGUCCAAGGAAUGUGGUUAACCAGAGAGCCUCGGACACACCAAAUCCUUUUCUCCUGGGUCGCCCCGUUCUGGUCCGAUAUGCUGUUUACUGAGGCUGUCUGACGGAGCGAGAAAAACAAGGCGCCCUUGAUUUGAAGAAGAGCGACCGUUAGAAAACGACCGUUAGAAUCCACAAACAUGAACGUGUCGCUUCUUCCGAAGGGACCGAGGCUGGAGGUCGCUCUCACGGCGCUGGUGUGGCUGUGUGUGUCGAUGUGUGUCGUGUGUUCAGCGGUGGGAGAAGAUGAAUUUAGCGUGGAGGCUUGGUUAGAGAGGUAUGGCUACCUCCAGCAUACUGAACCCUACAUGGCUGUCCUGCGCUCAGCCCAGACCGUGCAUUCGGCCAUUGCUGCCAUGCAGCGCAUCUACGGUCUUAAUAUCACAGGCAGUUUAGACCAGAACACUAUAGCCUGGAUGAAGAAGCCGAGAUGUGGAGUCCCAGAUCAGGUCAGGAGUUCUUAUAGCUCGCGUUCGCGGAAACGACGCUAUGCGCUCACUGGUCAAAAGUGGCAGCGCACGCACAUUACGUACAGCAUAAAGAAUGUGACCCCUAAGGUGGGGGCUCGGGAGACCCAUGAGGCCAUCAGACGGGCUUUCGAUGUGUGGCAGGGCGUCACGCCACUGAACUUCGAGGCUGUCCCCUAUAGCGCUCUGGAGAGCGGGAAGCGGGAUGUGGACAUCACCAUCAUCUUCGCAUCUGGUUUCCAUGGUGACAGCUCUCCUUUUGAUGGAGAAGGAGGCUUCCUGGCCCACGCCUAUUUUCCCGGGCCUGGGAUAGGAGGCGACACACACUUUGACUCCGACGAACCCUGGACCCUGGGCAACCCCAACCAUGAUGGUGAGAGAACGGCAGGCAAUGACCUGUUCCUGGUGGCGGUACAUGAAUUGGGCCACGCUCUAGGACUGGAACACUCCAAUGAUCCCACCGCUAUAAUGGCUCCCUUUUACCAGUACAUGGACACAGAAAGCUUCAAACUGCCUCACGAUGAUCUACAGGGCAUCCAGAAAAUAUAUGGUCCCCCAGACAAGAACCCUCAACCAACCAGAUUGCUUACAACAGCCCCGCCUCCUCGCCUGCACCCUCCCUCAGACCCCCGAAAGCAUGACCGUCAGAGUCGUCCUCAUCGGCCACCGCAGAGGUCCAAACCCUCCCACCCCAACUCCAAGCCCAACAUCUGUGACGGAGGCUUCAACACACUGGCCCUCCUACGGCAAGAGCUGUUUGUCUUCAAGGACCAGUGGUUCUGGAGGGUGCGGGAUAACUCAGUGGUGCCUGGGUACCCCAUGCAGAUCAGCUACUUUUGGAAAGGCCUGCCUCCCAAAAUCGAUGCUGUCUACGAGAACAGUGAGGGCAAGUUUGUCUUCUUCAAAGGUCACCGUUUCUGGGUGUUCAAAGAUACUACUCUGCAGCCCACGUACCCUCAGGAUAUCUCUCUGUUCGGCAAUGGCAUGCCCACUCAGAACAUCGAGACAGCAGUAUGGUGGGAAGAUGUGGCCAAAACCUACUUCUUCAAAGGGGACAGGUACUGGAGGUACAAUGAGGACAUCAGGAGCAUGGACCCUGGUUACCCCAAACCCAUCACCGUAUGGAAAGGCAUCCCUGACUCUCCUCAGGGUGCCUUCGUGGAUAAGGCUAACGGGUUCACAUAUUUCUACAAGGGGAAAGAAUACUGGAAGUUCAAUAACCAUCGGCUGCGGGUGGAGCCCGGCUACCCCAGGUCCAUCCUGCGGGACUUCAUGGGCUGUGACGGUCUCCCCUCAGAUCCAGACUGGGACUGGGGCCCGCCGCAAGAUGAAGAGCCUCCACACUACGACCACGAUGACGUGGACAUUGUCCGCAAGCUGGAGAGCACGGGCGGCACUGAGAAAGCAGUGGCUAUCGCCAUCCCCUGUGUUCUGGCCCUCUGCAUGAUGGUCCUGCUGCACACGGUCUUCCGUGUCAAGAGGAAGGACACUCAGCGGCACAUACUGUACUGCAAACGCUCCAUGCAGGAAUGGGUUUGAAAAGGAAAGGGCCCGAUUCCCAAUUCCAAAACUCUUUGUGGUUUGAGAAACCUACCUUAAAUAUGAGAGACUUGCCAAAAAGGGUGGUCUAGAACUUCUAUCAAAUUUGAGAAGGAAAUGGUCCAAGACAUUUUGUAACCUGAGAAACCUUCUUAAAUACAAGGCACAUGCCACUGGUUCUCUCCAAAGGGGAAGUGUAGGACUUCUGCAACUGAUUCGUGUGGGAGUGGGUUUAAAGGAAAGAUGCAUCUAUCCCCGUAAGACUUUUUGGCGUAAAAGAAUGGGGCAUGCCAAAUAAGUGGUGUAGAACUUCUGUCAAAUCAGAAUCAGGUGAAUUAGAGAAAUGAUGAUGGAAUGCUAUGUUCUCCUCAUGGUCUCCACUCUUCAGGAGCUGCUGUGUAGAUGCUAUCUGAAGCCAUUUUGAGACUUCAGAACUCCUCUAUCUUGUCAGUUCUCAAAGAAGCUCUGAACAAGUCAUUUAAGGAUGGGCUCAAACUGAUGUAUCCCUCAACUACUUAUGUAUGUACUACAUAAAAAGUGUGGACUCUUCUCAUGUUCCUCCAGAAUAUUAAUUUAUGUUGACGAACCGAUACCCAAACCAAAUACGCCCUUUGUUUCCAAAGAGGAUUACUUUGCUCAUGUUUAAUAUUCCGAGAAGUUUACCCCCCCUCUUGAUCUUCGUUUGAGUGUGAAUCGACUGUGCAUUCAUCUUCAGGUUUUAAGCCGUCUGUCUACAAGGUCAUUCAUGGCAAUCAACCAGAAAAGAACUGCUAUGGCAAUCUCUGUCCAACAAAGAGAUGUAAACUCUACCUGCAAUAUUUCGUUGAAUGCCUUAACCACAUAUCUAUGGAAUUUCUUUUUUUUCUGUGUAACAGUGUAUGUGUGCCUGUGUGAAUGUCGCUGUGUACGUGUAUGAUGAAGGACGUCAAGUCAGGGCCAGCUACCGUACUUAAUCUUCAAACUGGCAUUUGAAAGGUUUGAAGCCACUAGCAUUAGGGUAGUAACUGAAGUAUGGGCUUCCAUAAAAUUUGCAAAUGUUCCUUAAGUAAAAUUCUAGAAGAGUGAUCCCUGAGUAAUCCCUAUUAUAUUCUGCAAUACCAUUUAGACCUUAUAGACUGUCCAUAAUAUAAUCACGUAGCUACAUUGAUCCAUUGAAAUGAGUAUAGAGGUGCACUACAUUUGAUACAUGACUACAUAACACUAAACUAAAAUACAGGGUGUCCCAAUUUGACAUCAUUUGAGAUGUGAAUCUCUGAGUCACUACAUGUCCUGGGCAAACGAAAUUAAAUAGGCUUCAUGUUGAACAAUACAAGAUUUAUUUAUCAAAAUUCAAACAAGAAAUUCAGAGGGAUGUAGAUUUUAUAACCGAUUUCACAAAGCUUCACAAAUGUAAUAUCUUCUGAUACUGGUGGUUGUCUAGAUCCCUUUGCUCUGCACAGACAGCCUUCGUCUUUGAAUUUUUUGUGCCAUGUCCAAAUCUGCUUUCCAGUUGGUGCAUUUUUAUUGAAGUUUCUCAAAAAUGUGCGCUGGACACCCGUUUGACUGUGUUCGAGCAUAUUCUAACACACAAAAUGCAUUUUCAUUUCUAGCGAACGCCAUUCUUCAACCUGAAAAAAAACAUUAAAAAUUAAACUUGGUCAGUUUUUACACAUUUUGUUAAAAUUUGAGAUCAUUUAAGGGGGGAUUGGCUAUGUUAUUAGACUAUGAAAUAAUGUCAAUUUUUUUGGGACACCCUGUACAUCCAGUUGCAGUAAUAGACCCAGUUAAGCCAUAUUGCACACCAGAGUCACAAUAUUAUACAGUUAACCCUUAGAAGUUGAGAGUUUAUUUAUUUCAUUGUGCUAAACAAGUCAAAUGUAAUUACUUAAUUACUAUGUAUUACAUAGUAAGUCUGGUCUUCAAUCUUGGAUCAUUUAAUGUCAAGGAAUGAAAAAAAUGUCAAGCAAGUUUUUUUCUUUCUGCGAAACAAGAAUAUUGUUGCACCCAACAAUAACUUCCAGUCCCAGUCUCUACCUACAGUGCUGUGCAAAAGUCAGAGACCUCCAUUGAGUUAUUUAAUUCCCAGUCAAAUCAACUAUUACAUACAAGUUAUUAAUUUCUGAGGAGCUUAGAUAUACGUUAAUCCACUUGUAUAAGAAAGAGGAAAAUCAGAGGAAAAUAAGUGAAAAACAGGAGUUUCCAAAACUGGACUUCAAAAAAUUAUUAAAAGCUACGGAGAAACUGAGACUCCUAACAACCACCUGGAAGACCUGGUAGACACCAAAACUGAGA